UUUUUUUUUUUUCCUCCACUGAUCUUCGCGAUCUUGAUCUUGCUUGGUGAACGAGGCCAAUCAUUUAGACCUUCACUAGUAGCAAGCCUGGGGAAUUGAUUUUCAGGAAGCAUUGUUAAAAUUAUUGCCAGUACAUUCCUGUUCGAAUGGGCACCAUGGAGGACUCAACGUUAAAGGAGCGGCUCCUUAAUUCCCAGAAAUCCUUCGAUGGACUUCUUUCCUUGAUACCUGCGAAGAUGUACUAUGGAGAAGACACAGGUGAUCAAUGGAAACGGAAAAAACAGACCAAGGCCGAGGCUGCCGAAGCCAGACGUAAUAAGUUAGACCCCGACAGCGCAUUAAAUCGGAGCGUUAAGGAAGUUAUGGAUGAACAAGCCCAGAAGAAACGAAAGCGUGACCAGAUGCAAGAUGACGAUGAUGAAUGGUCCGAUGUCGAGGGAGUUGAGGCCGAGAAGCCCGGUGAGGGUUUAAAGAAGAAGACACCAAAAGAAUCCAAGAAGCAAAAGAAGUUAGAUGAGGAACAAGCUGAGCUUGACGAAAAAGAACAACGCAAAGAAGAGAAGAAGGCUGCCAGGAAAGAGCGCAAGGCAGAGCGACAACAACUUAGGGAAGAAGAGGCGGCUUUCCAAAGGCAAACAAUCAAGGGCGUCAACAAGAUAAAAUUAGGACAGAGAGAAACGAAAACCGACUCGUUACCUAAUGGUGAUACCAAAUCUGCCGAAUCUAGCAAUGGAUCAUACAAGGCUAACGACCAAGAGAACCCCGAGGAGGACGUCGCGCCCGGAGAGGUUCGAAAUAUUGAUGUUACUGGUCUCGCCGACGCUGUUGAAGAGCAUAACCCUGAACUCGCCCCCUCACCCCCGUCAGAACCUCAGUCUCCCGUUUUCGACACAAACGGCACACCUGCCGACUCAACAGGCCAAGCCCCUAGUACCACAACAUCCGUAUCAUCUACAGCCGCACCCGAAAAGCCGAAACACAUUAAGAUACCCACCGACACAUCCGCCCUCCGAGCCCGCCUUGCCGCGAGGAUACAAGCCCUUCGAGAUGCGCGAAAGGCCGACGUCGAUGGAAAACCCAUACGUACACGGCAAGAACUUAUUGAAGCACGACGUCAGAAGCAAGCAGAACGAAAAGCACACAAAAAGGAAUUAAGACGUCAGACCAAGGUAGAAGAAGACUUAAAGCGUGAAGAGGCUCUAGCGUCCGUACGAAACUCGCCUAGCAGCAUGCUCAGCCCAGCAAUUGAUCUACAAGAUAACAAUUUCUCCUUCGGUCGCGUUGGCUUUGGAGACGGCUCUCAACUCUCGCAUGACCUCAGCCAUGUUCUUAAUAGCGGCAAGAAAAAGGGCCCUUCAGAUCCGAAGACAGCACUUCAAAAGUUGGAGAACCAAAAGAAGCGGCUGCAAGAGAUGGACGGAGAGAAGCGCAAGGACGUCGAAGACAAGGAGCUCUGGCUUACCGCGAGGCGGCGCGCCGAAGGCGAGAAGAUUCGAGAUGACGAGAAGAUGCUCAAGAAGGCUGUCAAGCGAAAAGAAGUCGCCAAGAAGAAGAGUGAGAAGGACUGGACUGCAAGGAAAGAGGGCGUCGCCAAGGCUAUGAAGGACCGACAAAAGAAGCGAGAGGAGAAUAUCAGGAAGCGACGAGAAGAUAAGAUAAUGGGCAAGUCGGGUAAGAAAAAGGGGGCCAAGAAGACCAAGAGUCGGGCUGGGUUCGAGGGCUCGUUUAUAGGAGGCGGGAAGAAGAAAUGAGUUACCCUAAUUACCUAUUAUUGUUAAAUACGAAUGGAGCUUGUCAUCCAGUCCCCCCUUUUCUGGACGUGCUUCCUGGUGCUGUACAUACGUAGUGUUCUGGGGUGAUGUUGGCCUAUGUGGAUAAUUCUGGCUCUUGGACUGGUACGGUGCCAAAUACAAUUCUAUAUGAAGUACUCUACGAGGCUACUAAGUCCAUGUUGAUCUUCGGCGCGAGAUGAUCUUGGCUCAUGGAGAAUGCUAACUUUCAAGGGCUUCAAGU